AGGGGAGUUAUAGGAACACGUUUUAAACAGCAGUUCUCUUACUACAUGCAUAUAAUGUGUCUGAAAAGAUUUUAAAAUGGAUCUAUUAAUUUCAAAGAAUUUAGGGUACACAGUUUUACCCUUUGUACUUUGUACUCUCUAGCAGAACACCAGAAACUACAUGUAUGGUACAGUGUACACAGUUGUUGUUAAUUUUACAGGUGUAUUUUCCGACUCGAGUGAAAUCUGUAAAGUACAAGUUUGUGAAGAUAAGUGACAAGAUGGCUGACUGGGGUUCCCUGGUUGACAAGCAAGAGGCGGCUCUCACCUCUCAGGUCGAAGGUUUGAACAUCACAAAGCCAAAGACGACAUCGUCCAUGCCAGCCUCCACGGCCAUCAGUUCCCACCCCACGUCGGGUGCGGGGGAUGGCGAUUCACUUCAGUAUAAGAAGCCGUUGGUGUUUGGAGCACCUUCAACAGCAGCAGCAUCAACUACAACAACAACAGCAGCUACAGCUACAACAACAACAGCAGCAGCUACCACUGCAUCAGCGUCCGCAGCACCGUCAACAGAACAGAACACAUCGGCAGCAGCAGCAGCCAACGCUGCCUCUGGUGAUGCUGAGGAAGAGAAAGAAACCACAGCUGAAGAAAACUCUCUUCUGAGAAAGUUACUACGAUCCAAGCUGGUGACGGGAACGACCGAUAUCGAAAUUCUGCGGAGAGAUCCGAACUCUCCUCUCCAUUCUGUCAAGUCCUUUGAGGCACUGAACUUACACCCGGAUUUGCUGAAAGGCGUAUAUGGAAUGGGAUUCAAUGCACCUUCCAAAAUCCAGGAAACAGCUCUUCCAACGUUGCUGGCCGAUCCCCCUGCUAACAUGAUCGCACAGAGUCAGAGUGGAACGGGAAAAACUGCCGCGUUUGUUCUUACAAUGCUGAGCAGAGCUGAUAUGUCCAAAAACUACACACAGUGCCUUUGUCUUGCCCCGACAUACGAACUCGCCCUUCAGAUCGGCGACGUGACUAAGGAGAUGGCCAAAUUUAUACCGCAGUGCAGCAUCGGGUAUGCCGUCCGCGGCGAAAGAGUCCAGAAAAAUCAGAAAGUUCCAUACCAGAUCGUGAUCGGCACCCCUGGCACGGUGAUGGACUGGGCAAUCAAGAUGAAGGCGUUCGAUCUCAAGAAGAUCAAGGUGUUCGUUCUCGACGAGGCCGACGUGAUGAUCGCGACCCAGGGUCACCAAGACCAGUCACUGAGGAUAAAGCGAAACCUCUCUGCCGACUGCCAGUUGCUACUUUUCUCUGCGACUUAUGACCAGGAGAUGAUGAAAUUCGCCCAAAACGUCAUUCCCAACAACCCGGUCGUCAUUCGGCUGCGUCGCGAAGAGGAAAGCCUUGACAACAUUCGCCAGUUCUACAUUGAGUGUAGGAGUGCGGACGACAAGUUCCAAGCAUUAUCCAAUAUUUAUGGCAGUAUUUCUAUAGGACAGUCAAUGAUUUUCUGUCAGACAAGACGGAAUGCGUCAUGGCUUGCAGAAAAGAUGACCAAGGAAGGACAUGCUGUAGGAAUUUUGAGCGGUGAGCUGUUGAUUGAGCAGCGGGCAGCCAUCAUCAAACGAUUCCGUGACGGGAAGGAGAAAGUCCUCAUCACAACCAAUGUGUCGGCUCGAGGUAUUGACGUUGAGACUGUGACGGUGGUAGUGAACUUUGACAUGCCGGUCACAAUGGACGGUCAGCCGGACCACGAAACAUACCUGCAUCGGAUCGGCAGAACUGGCCGCUUCGGGAAGUCAGGUUUAGCCAUCAACAUGGUCGACAACUCGAGAUCUAUGGAAAUACUUCGGUCUAUAGAAAGACACUUCGGUAGGAAAAUAAUAAAGCUGGAUGCAGAAGAUAUUGAUGAAAUCGAAAAGAUUGGCACCUGAAAAAAACACCCCAAAACAUUGAAUUUAUUCUGGGAUCGGCACAUGAACAACAUUGAACUAAUUUCUUUGA